CAGCAGUCGCAGUCGCAGCAGCAGCAGCAGAAGGGAGAGGUUUUGCUGCAGUGUCUCUUUGCCGCUACACAGAGGAUUGGCUGAAAGCGCGGCAGACGCGUCUCGCUUGCGAUGCCCAGAGGUGUCCGAUCUGCCCGGAGCCGUUAGCAACAAGCAGCCCCCGCACCGGUGCUUUCCAUUCCCCCUCCCCAGGCAGAGGGGCUGAGAGCCGGCGAGCAGGGGAAGGACGAGGCUGGGAGAUGUGGGGAGAGGGAGAUAGAAGCGCAUGUCUCAUCCUCCACUAGACGCUCCCUCCAACUGCGACUCCACCAUCUUUGCAUGUGCAACACUGGCAGCCGGACAUCAGCAGCUCUCCCGGGGGCUGCGGGGAACAACAUGCCCAGGACGGAUCUCUGCUGCCGCUGCCGCUGCUGCUACUAAAUCCACUGCGACUGCUUCACUUCCCUUCUAGUGGCUUUUUUUUUUAGUCUUGUCGCCCUCCAUGCGUCUCAGCGGCGUCUAGACUGGGAGAAAGAGAGAAGAGAAGAUGCGGAUGAUUUACCAGCAGAUGCUCCUGGUCUUCUCUGGCUUUUGGGGGCUUGUGAUGGGGGCCUUUCCUGGCAGCGUCCAAAUAGGUGGACUUUUCAUUCGAAACACAGAUCAGGAAUAUACCGCUUUUCGGUUGGCGAUUUUUCUCCAUAACACCAGCCCCAAUGAAUCGGAAGCACUUUUUAAUUUGGUUCCUCAUGUGGAUAACAUAGAAACAUCCAACAGCUUCGCUGUCACCAAUGCCUUUUGCUCCCAGUAUUCAAGAGGAGUUUUUGCCAUUUUUGGACUAUAUGACAAGAGAUCAGUACACACCCUGACCUCAUUCUGCAGCGCCUUGCACAUCUCCCUCAUCACACCAAGUUUCCCCACCGAGGGUGAAAGCCAGUUUGUACUGCAGCUCAGACCACCGUUACGAGGUGCUCUCCUGAGUUUGCUUGAUCACUACGGGUGGAAUCAUUAUGUCUUUCUGUAUGACACAGACAGGGGAUAUUCAAUACUUCAAGCAAUUAUGGAAAAAGCAGGACAAAAUGGAUGGCAAGUUAGUGCAAUAUGCGUAGAAAAUUUUAAUGAUGCCAGCUACAGACGCCUGUUAGAAGACUUGGAUCGAAGACAGGAAAACAAGUUUGUAAUAGACUGUGAAGUUGAAAGACUUCAGAACAUUCUAGAACAGAUUGUCAGUGUUGGAAAACAUGUGAAAGGCUACCACUAUAUCAUUGCAAACCUGGGAUUCAAGGAUAUUUCACUUGACCGGUUUAUGCAUGGGGGGGCCAAUGUCACUGGAUUCCAGCUGGUAGACUUUAAUACCCCAAUUGUAACUGAACUAAUGCAGCGAUGGAAAACACUAGACCAAAGGGAGUACCCAGGAUCAGAAUCCCCACCAAAGUAUACCUCUGCACUGACGUACGAUGGAGUACUAGUAAUGGCCGAAGCUUUCCGUAUUUUACGAAGACAAAAAGUUGACCUCUCAAGAAGAGGAAAUGCAGGGGACUGUCUUGCUAACCCAGCUGCUCCCUGGGGUCAGGGAAUUGACAUGGAGAGAACACUGAAACAGGUUCGCAUUCAGGGUUUAACCGGAAAUAUACAGUUUGAUCACUAUGGACGAAGAGUGAACUAUACUAUGGAUGUUUUAGAGUUGAAAAGUAACGGCCUUAGAAAGAUUGGUUACUGGAAUGAUAUGGAUAAACUGGUCUUGCUUCAACACGAACCAGCGUUCAAAAAUGAUUCUUCCGGUAUCGAGAACAGGACUGUUAUUGUCACCACAAUAUUGGAAUCCCCUUAUGUAAUGUACAAGAAAAACCAUGAGCUGCUGGAAGGAAAUGAUAAGUUUGAAGGAUAUUGUGUAGAUCUGGCUUAUGAAAUUGCAAAACACAUUGGUAUCAAGUAUAAAAUUGCCAUUGUCCCUGAUGGAAAAUAUGGAGCAAGGGAUUCAGAAACAAAAAUCUGGAAUGGGAUGGUGGGAGAGCUUGUAUACGGGAAGGCAGAGAUUGCUGUUGCCCCUUUGACUAUCACAUUGGUUCGAGAAGAGGUCAUUGAUUUCUCAAAGCCCUUUAUGAGUUUAGGGAUUUCUAUUAUGAUUAAGAAGCCUCAGAAGUCAAAACCAGGAGUUUUCUCAUUUUUGGACCCUUUGGCUUAUGAGAUCUGGAUGUGCAUAGUUUUUGCUUACAUUGGUGUCAGUGUAGUCCUUUUUCUGGUAAGCAGAUUUAGUCCCUAUGAAUGGCACACAGAGGAACCAGAGGAUGGAAAAGAAGGACCCAGUGAUCAGCCUCCAAAUGAAUUUGGCAUAUUUAAUAGUCUUUGGUUCUCCCUUGGAGCCUUCAUGCAACAAGGAUGUGAUAUAUCACCUAGAUCUCUGUCAGGUCGCAUUGUUGGAGGAGUGUGGUGGUUCUUUACACUCAUAAUUAUCUCAUCUUAUACUGCAAAUCUGGCUGCUUUCCUAACGGUUGAGAGAAUGGUAUCUCCAAUAGAGAGUGCAGAAGACCUUGCCAAACAAACAGAAAUUGCAUAUGGAACACUCGAUGCUGGGUCAACAAAAGAAUUCUUUAAAAGAUCUAAAAUCGCUGUGUAUGAAAAGAUGUGGACCUAUAUGAAAUCUGCAGAGCCAUCAGUUUUCACAAAAACGACAGCAGAAGGGGUAGCUCGUGUUCGGAAAUCCAAGGGAAAGUUUGCCUUUCUACUGGAGUCCACCAUGAAUGAGUACAUCGAGCAGAGAAAGCCUUGUGACACGAUGAAAGUUGGAGGAAAUCUGGAUUCCAAAGGAUACGGAGUGGCAACCCCCAAGCACUCUCAAUUAAGAACUCCUGUAAACCUUGCCGUUUUGAAACUCAGUGAGGCAGGCGUCUUAGACAAGCUGAAAAACAAAUGGUGGUACGAUAAAGGUGAAUGUGGACCCAAGGACUCUGGAAGUAAGGACAAGACGAGUGCAUUGAGCCUGAGCAACGUUGCGGGCGUUUUCUACAUUCUGGUUGGAGGCCUGGGCUUGGCAAUGCUGGUGGCUUUGAUAGAGUUCUGUUACAAGUCAAGGGCAGAGGCGAAACGAAUGAAGCUGACCUUUUCUGAAGCCAUAAGAAACAAAGCCAGAUUAUCCAUAACGGGGAGCAUAGGAGAAAAUGGCCGCGUCCUGUCUCCCGACUGUCCGAAGGCUGUACACGCUGGAACUGCAUUAAGACAAAGUUCAGGAUUGGCUGUAAUUGCAUCGGACCUACCAUAAAAACCAAAUAAUUUAUUGAGUGCCUUAAUAAAACACUGGUGGUGAGUGAUUGGAAUACAGCACAGACUGUGACUUACAACAUGGGAAAAUCACUGAUGACCUAGUAAUAUUACUGAGAACGGGAAGUACGUCCAAAUGCGCCAAACUUCAUCAGCAACAAUGUGUGCAUGAGCUCUGCUCGGAAACCCAAACUCAGAUUUUAUAUCAGGAAAAAUGCAUAAUUUAGUUUUAUGGGGGGGAGGGGAGGGUUGGGACAGAGUGUAUUAGCAACAACAAAUUUAUUUGAAGGAACAAAUACAUAAAGAGACUCGUCAAUUAGCUCAUAAAACUGUGAAGACCAUGAUGGACAAUACUUUAUGUUUUAACAAAGAGGGAAAAUAGCUAUAGGUCAAUGACAUUACUAACCGAUAUCUCAAGAAACUCCAUACAUAAAAAUCCAAUUGUUUAAAUAGAUCUCUUAAGAAAAAAAAACUGUGACAAAAUUAAUAAACAUGUAAAUCCUGUGAAAAAUAAAUUAUUUACAUUUUUCUUUGGAAAAAAAAUGAAGAUGACAUGCUUGCUUUUUAACUGAUGUUAAUGAAAUUAUAGUACAACACAAUUCACUUUUCUAACCAUCUUAGGAAACAAUUUCAUUGCAAUAAGUACAAUUUCCAUCACUGUAAUAAAAAAAACAAAUCAGAAACUAUUUUUAAAUAAGAUUUGUGGGUCAACCUUUCAAUUCCAUGUAUUCCCAUGCUAUAUUCCACUCAUAUGUAACUUGAUUUCCGUGGGCAGGUCAUAAAAGUGUGGCAUAAAAAUAUGUUCAUAAGUCCACACAGGCUAUGGGCCAUUCCAGAAAAAAAAAUGUUUGUUCCGUGUAAGAAACAAUGUUUUUGUACCCAUCAAAAAGAAUCAAAUAAAACCACGGUUUAAAAAUAUGUUAAAAUACGGAGACGCUUGGAAUGGUGAUUAGAAGCUCCAGAGAGAAGCAACGUGUCUUACUGAACUGGGCAUGUCUGAAGUGGAGAUAAAAUUAUAAUCUGACAAAUCAGGGUUUCUUUUUAUAAUCACUGUGAUCUGUUUGAUACACCGUUGCCAUAUUUCUGUUUAUUUGUACUGUAAAUCUAUCAUUUUCUUGACUGUAAUUCACAUUUAUUCCUUGCUAUACCAUGUACUUUAACACAAAGAUGUUGUAUUGUUGAAGGUUGUGUGAUGUUUUCAUUUAAAAAAAAGUCAAGGUCCCCAAAAAAAAUACACUUUUUGCAACUUUGGUGGUUUGGUUGUUUUGAAUGUUAAUAAUGUUGAGGUUUCCAGAUCUCAUAAAAAUGAUCCUCUUUUUUUGGUGCCACAGAUCUAAUAUUCCUGAGUGUUUUAUAAAUAAAACAGGAAUCCAGAAUUCUGUUAAACUGAAAGGAAAAACAGUUUUAGCUGAGUGUGCUUAUUCUGUAAGACAUUCAAAACUGCACUUGAAACUGAAUAAAAUAGGACAUAUUCUAGAACAAAAAGAAGAAAAUGGGACUUGGAUAACCAUUUUUUCUGAAACCGUGUGUGAAAAUUAGGGGUGCAAGAAAUGAAACGAUCUGAAGCUAGGCAAAACUAGAUGAAUACCAAAUUGUUCACAAAAGGAUUUGGCUGAAAAACUCCUUAAUUGUGUCACCAUAAACUUCUAGAAGGUUCAGUUUCAGUUUGACCAUGCACUUGGAUUUGGUCAAAUUCUGCUGAAAAAAGUUUUGGAUUUGACCAAAUCCCAUACCAAAUCAGCGAUACUGUGCAUCCCUAAUGGAAAAUUCAUGUGAGCAUCAAAUAAAGCAUCAUACUAUUACAGCUAUGGUAUGUGUUAGCCAGAAAUCUGUUAUAAUAUUAUCAUUCAUAAAAUAUAUUUUCCCAAACUGUCAUUAAACAAUUCUUAAUUUU